AUGGAAAUAGUGAUUUUACGGAAGGAAGGGGGCUCUCCUCAAUUGCAUAACGAGGAGAAAUCUGGCAUGCGCAGCUCCAUGGUUUCAGCUCUCAUCUGCAGUUCUCGGGUUUAUGUCGAAGACCGAACAGUGAUGACGGAACGAAUAUCGAGAAUAAUUUCCAAGAUAGUAGGAUUGGAAGCAGAGCAAUUUCGUGGACCUUAA